AUGACUGUACUUAACUCUUAUGAUUCUUCUUCUUCUUCCUCUUCCUCUUCUUGUGGUGCCUGCAAGUUUCUAAGGCGAAAAUGCAGCGAUCAAUGUGUAUUUGCUCCUUUGUUCAGCUAUGAUGAAGCCACUUCCCAUUUUGCGGCUGUUCAUAAAGUGUUUGGAGCUAGUAAUGUGUCCAAGCUUCUGUUGCAUCUCCCCAUGCAUGUCCGAACCCAGGCUGCUAUUACCGUCACUUAUGAAGCUCUUGAGCGCAUGCGAGAUCCCGCCAAUGGCUGCGUCUUGCAUAUCUUUGCGUUGCAGCAAGAGGUGGCCAGCUUGCAGGAGGAGAUACAAAUUCUGGGGACCCAAAUAGCCAACCUCCUCACCACCGGCGCCGCCAUUUCAGCAGUGGAGAAUCCAUUUAUAGAGAUGAAUGAUUUUGGGAUGAACUCAAACCAUUGUCAAAAUGAGCUGCCUUCUCAGCUGCUUCCCUACCGAACUUCUGAUGAUGUCCAAAAGGAUGAUCAAAUGAUAUCUCCAUUGCUUUGUUUAGGGGAAAAAGAUGGAGGCUUUGGGUUCUGCCACUCAAAUCAUGUUGUUGAGACAUCAGGCUUUGAUGUUUCAGUUGAGGAGAAUUUUGGUGGCUAUCCAUGGAUACUUGGAUGA